CCUCCUGCUGCUGCUUACUUGUUUUAACUAAAUUACAAGGCAACUAGCAGCAGACAUGGCUGCUUGUCUGCAAAGUUGCAAACUUUGUAAAAAGAGUUUCCUUCUUUUGGCUUUUUCUCUCAGCUUCUGUUUUGCCUCAGUAUGUGCAGGGCCUUUUGAUUCAGCUCACCUCUAUCACCGCAGGGUCGGACCUAAUGAAGAUGAUAUCAUUGUUGCUAACAAUGGGAUCAGAGUGCCUUUUGGGCGGUCCGUGUUUCUGGACCCUGUAAAUGACCUGGUAACAGAAGUGCAGCCUGGUGACCGCUGUCAAAUCACAGUCCUGGACAAUGAUCCACUGGCCCAGAAGCCUGGGAUGCUAACCCCUAAAAAGUUUCCCUGUUCAUUUGGAUCUGAAGAAGUGAAAUACACGCAUUUUGGAUCAAGGAGCCCCAGUAAGGAUCGUGUGAAGCUGCAGCUUCGUUAUGACUCUCACACAGACACAGUCAUUGUCCCCUUCAUGUUGGAAGUAGAGGUUGUUUUCCAGCAGCUUGAGAUCCUCACCAGGAAUAUGCCCCUUAAUGUUGAAAAGCUCAAUGGAGAGAGCAAUCCUAUUGACAAAAAGGGCCUGGAGUUUUCCUAUGAGGAUGGUGUCACACAGUGUAAGAUCAGCACUCUGGUCGGCGCUGGAGGUCUUCCCAGGUAUGGCACUCUUUUGAACAACCCUUCCAAUGGCCAAAUGGUUGACUGUGAUGAGUUUGUGAAGCAGGGUAUUCGCUACAAGCACACGGCUAAAACCAACUCACCAAACAGAGACUAUAUUCCAAUGAUGGUAGAGCUGCAGGAUAACGAAGGAAACAUGAUAAUGCAAGAGCAUUUCCAAAUGAUGGUUAGAAUCAGAGAAGGUGCAGAGAACACUGCUCCCAAACCCAGCUUUGUAGCUAUGAUGAUGAUGGAGGUUGAUCAGUUUGUGAUGACAGCUAUUACAAGUGACAUGCUGUCAGCUGAAGAUGUCGAAUCUCACCCAGAUGACUUAAUCUUCAACAUCACGUCUCCACUGAACCCUCAGCAGGGUUAUAUCAUCAGCACAGAUGAUCAGAACUUUCCUAUCACCUCCUUCUAUCACAGGGACGUCAAAGAGCUUAAAAUAGCCUAUAAGCCACCCUCAGAUGACUCAGAACAAGAGAGGAUUUUUCAGCUAGAGUUUGAAAUUGUAGACACCGAUGGUGCAGUGUCAGAUCCAUUUGCUUUUAUGAUUGUGGUAAAGCCUAUGAAUACACUGGCUCCUGUUGCAACCAAAAAUACAGGGCAGCUAUUGUUUGAAGGGCAAUCUCGAGCUCUCUCCAGCUCUCAGAAUUUAGAGAUUAGUGAUGAGGAUAACCUGGAAGACGUGAGAAUCACAGUCAUCGAUGGUUUAAAGCACGGAGACCUUACCAUGCUUGGCACACGCAGGAAAUUCUUUACACCUGCCGAUCUAGACGCUGGCAUUGUUGUGUACCAGCAUGACGGCAGCGACACCUAUAGCGACAACAUUAUUUUUAGAAUGACUGACGGCAGUAAUGAAGUGGAGUUUUUGUUCCCCAUCACCAUUGUCCCCACUGAUGACGAGCCCCCUAUUAUUAAUGCAAACACUGGCUUGGUGUUGUUCAAGAAUGAAAUCAUGCAGAUCUCUCCAUUCAUCCUAAGUGCAACAGACAUCGAUUCAGAAGACUCCACUAUUGAGUUUGUUGUGGAGGCACCAUACUCCACCAUAGGGCAACUCCUGCUUAGGCAAGCAGAGCUACCGUCUGACCCAUCUCUGUGGAAGUUCAGCGAGACGGAUGAGAUGUUUGAGCAGGUGGUGACUGAGUGGCUUCAGCAGGACAUUCUGGAUGGAAAGCUGUUCUAUCGUCACAUCGGGCCCCACAGCACCACCACUGUAACCGAUAACUUUGUAUUCCGGGUCCAGGAUGAUAACGAUCCUCCCAAUCAAUCAGGCGAGCACACGUUCACUAUCAAAAUCCAUCCCGUUGAUGACCUUGCCCCAGAGCUUUUCCCAGGCACCACCCUUCACAUGACAGUGCAGGAAUAUGAGCUCACAUACUUUAGGAAGAAAUUUUUGUGUUAUACUGAUCUUGAUUCAGAUGACAGAGAUUUGAAGUACACCAUUACUAAGCCCCCGACUGACACAGAUGAGAACAAUCCAGCCCUCUUGGGUGAAAUUGUACUGACUGACAGCCCUGACACUGUAAUUACAGAGUUUACACAAGCCCAGGUUAAUCACCACAAAGUAGCUUAUAAGCCCCCAGACCAGGAAUUGGGCAUCACUCCAAAAGUGGCUCAGUUCACAUUCACUGUGGAAGACACAGCUGGCAACACAGCAGAUGGACUGUUCACCAUUUUCCUACAGCCGGUUGACAACAAACCUCCACUUAUCACCAACACAGGGUUUACUGUUUUGGAAAGAGGUACAUAUGUCAUUACCAGGAAGGAGCUGCACGCCACUGACACGGAUACAGAUGAUGACAAUAUCAUCUUCACGGUGACCCAGAUUCCCCAGUAUGGGCAGCUGCAGUAUUUGGGGAUUGAUAUGUCAAAUGGCGAAACAUUUGUGCUCGAAGACAUCACAACCGGUCGUCUAACUUACAUGCACGGAGGAAAAGAAUCUCUCACUGAUGUCAUUAAGCUCUCUGUAAGUGAUGGUUUCCAUGAGGUACCAAUUGCCAUCAGGAUCACAAUCGAGCCAGUUGAUGACAAAAGGCCCACGAUUAUGCUCCCACCCGGCCUGCUCGGAGCCUCCAUAGAUGUACUGGAGAAUGGAGCCACGGAGAUUACAAGUAACGUCAUUCAGGGCCACGAUGAAGAUACAGAUGACCUCAUGCUCACUUUUAUUGUUGAAGAACCUCCGAGACUGGGUGAAAUCCUGGUUAAUGGUGCUCUUGCUGAGAGAUUCACUCAGGAGGACAUAAUUAACGGGGUGGUUGUGUAUGCUCACACAUCUGGUGAAAUAGGUCCGACCAAAGAGCACGACUCCUUCAAUCUUACUUUGUCUGACAUGUCAGAGCAGUGGGUCGUUGGUGGCAACAAGAUCCAAGGUGUGACAGUCCAUGUGACAAUCCUUCCUGUUGACAGCAUCCCACCUGUUGUCAGCGUCGGCGAGCAGUUUAUAGUAGUGGAAGGGAAGAAGAACGUCAUUACUCUGGAGCAAAUUCAUGCCGAGGAUGUUGACACCAACAGCGAGGAUAUCUUGUGUACCAUCAUUGUCCAACCAACUUCUGGUUAUGUGGAGAACAUCUCACCAGCAGCAGGCUCAGAGAAGUCAAGAGCUGGGACGGCCAUCACCGCAUUCGCCAUUAAAGAAAUUUCCCUUGGCCACAUCUACUAUGUCCAAAGCAUCCACAAAGGGGUUGAACCUGUGGAAGAUCGUUUCACGUUCCGCUGCUCAGAUGGUAUUAACUUCUCUGAGCGCCACUUCUUCCCCAUAGUCAUCAUUCCAGCCAAUGAUGAGAAGCCUGAGAUUUUUGUCCGUGAGUUUGUGGUAAUGGAGGGAAUGAGUCUGGUCAUUGACACCCCAAUUCUGAACGCAGCUGAUGCUGACAUCCCCAAGAAUGAGCUGCACUUUGAGAUCAUCAAACCACCCAAGUAUGGGACAAUUGUUCAGCAGCUCAGCACUGGCACCAUCCCUGUGGAGAAGUUCAACUUGGAGCAGAUCAUAGAGGCAUCCAACAUUGUCUAUGAACAUGAUGAUUCUGAAACCAAGGAAGACAGCUUUGAAAUCAGGCUAUCUGAUGGAAAACACAAAGUGGAAAAAACAGUUCCUAUCGUGGUCAUUCCUGUUGAUGAUGAGACACCAAGAAUGGCCAUUAACGAUGGCCUCGAUGUGGAGAUCGGAGAAACAAAAGUGAUUAGCAACAGCGUUUUAAAGGCAACAGAUCUUGACUCAGAAGACAAGGAAUUAACUUAUGUUGUGCGAUACGGCCCUGGCCAAGGCUACCUUCAGCGUAUCAGCAAAUUUGGAGACGUUUUAGGAAAUAUCACCCUGGGAAUGAAUUUCACACAAGAUGAAAUUGACAGACAACUCAUUCAGUAUGUGCACACAGGCCAGGAAGGAAUCCGUGACCUGCUGAAAUUUGACGUCACAGAUGGUAUAAAUCCACUUAUUGACCGUUACUUUUACAUCAGCAUCGGAAGCAUUGAUAUGGUUUUUCCAGAUGUUGUUAACAAAGGUGUGACUCUCAAAGAAGGUGGAAAAGUAACUCUCACCACUGACCUACUCAGCACCUCUGACAUCAACAGCCCUGAUGAAUACCUCAGUUUUAGCAUCACGAGAGCGCCUAGUAGAGGGCACUUAGAGUGCACUGACCUCCCAGGUGUUCCUAUUUCCACCUUCACCCAGUUGCAGCUUGCUGGCAACAAGAUCUACUACAUCCACACCUCUGAUGAUGAAAUUAAAAUGGACAGCUUCGAGUUUGAGGUGACAGACGGCUACAAUCCCGUUUUCCGAACCUUCAGAGUGUCCAUCACCGAUGUGGAUAAUAAGAAACCUGUCUUAACCAUAACAAGGCUAGUUGUGGAGGAGGGAGAAUCCAAACUCAUCACACCUUUUGAACUUACUGCUGAAGACCGGGACACUCCAGACCACCUGCUGCGCUUUAUAAUCACGCAAGUGCCGGUACACGGUUUGCUGCUUUUCAACAACACCCAGCCAAUUACGACUUUUACCAAGCAGGACCUGAACGAGAACCUUAUCAGCUAUAAGCACGAUGGCACUGAGACCAGUGAAGACAGCUUCUCUUUCACUGUCACCGAUGGCACUCACACCGACUUUUACGUUUUCCCUAACACUGACUAUGAGACACGCAAACCCCAAAUGAUGACUAUUCACAUCAAUACGGUGGAUAACGGUGUCCCCCAGAUUUUGGUAAAUAAGGCUGCCGCUUCACUGAAAGUCCUCCCAACUGGACACCUGGGCUUUGUGAUCACCAGCAAGGUCCUUCGAUCAGAGGACCGGGACAGUCCCCAGAAGGUCUUGAAGUACAUGGUGUCCGAGGCUCCACUGCACGGCUUCAUCAUGAAUACCGCCGUGGGCAAUGACAGCAUCAAGACAUUCACACAAGCUGAUAUCAAUGACAUGAAGAUCUGCUAUGUGCUGUUGGAUGGGAGCAAUGCCACCAGUGAUAUCUUCUACUUCACAGUUGAAGACAACGGUGGAAAUAAACUAAAUCCCCAGCCAUUCCGACUCAACUGGGCCUGGAUAUCUCUGGAGAGGGAAUACUAUUUGGUGGAUGAAGAUGCCAAAUUCCUCGAGGUGACGCUGAAACGCAGAGGCUACCUGGGAGAAACUUCUUUUGUCAGUAUUGCCACUAAGGACGGCACAGCAGAGAAGGACAAGGAUUUCCGUGGUAAAGCCCAGAAGCAGGUUCAGUUCAACCCAGGCCAGACCACAGCGACCUGGAAAGUGAAAAUCUUCACAGACCAGGACUUUGAGACCUCGGAAACAUUUGAGAUACAGCUGUCAGACCCUGUCAUGGCUGUCCUGGAGUUUCCUGACGUCGCGACGGUGGAGAUUGUGGACCCUGGCGAUGAAUCGACCGUCUACAUCCCUCAGUCAGAGUUCAAGAUAGAGGAAGAUGUUGGAGAGCUGUUGGUGCCAGUGCGACGGUCAGGAGAUGCCAGCCAGGAGCUCAUGGUAGUUUGUUACACUCAGCAAGGAACAGCCACCGGCACCAUACCCAGCACAGUCCUUUCCUACUCUGACUACAUCACCCGGCCCGAGGACCACACCAGCGUGCUGCGCUUCGAUAAGGAUGAGCGAGAAAAAGCCUGUCGCAUCAUUAUCAUCGAUGACUCCCUUUACGAGGAAGAGGAGAGCUUUAACGUCAGCCUCAGCAUGCCCAUGGGGGGCCAGGUGGGCGCCAACUUCCCGUCUGCCAAAGUCACCAUUUUGGCAGACAGCGAUGACGAGCCAAUCAUCCGUUUCUCUGAGAUCAAGUAUAGUGUGCGUGAACCCCAGGUGAAAGGCGAAGUGGCCACAGUGAAGAUUCCUAUUCUUCGUUUUGGUGACACUUCAAAGGUUUCAGUAGUGAGGGUGCACACAAAGGAUGGGUCUGCAACCUCUGGAGAAGAUUAUAACCCGAUGUCAGAGGAUGUGGAGUUCAAGGAGGGCGAGAAGGAACACUUUGUGGAGAUUGAGGUCCUGUAUGACGGUCAGAGAGAGAUGAGAGAGGCCUUCACUGUGCACAUGAAGCCUGAUGACAAUAUGGUGGCUGAAAUACAGAUGAACAAGGCCAUUGUUUACAUUGAGGAGAUGGACAGUGUGGCAGAUGUUACUUUCCCUGCCAUCCCCCAAGUGGUUUCCCUUCUCAUGUAUGACGACACAUCUAAAAUGAAAGACAGACCCUACCCACCCAAUGGAUACCCUGUUGUUUGUGUGACGGCCUGCAACCCUAAAUAUCAUGACUUUGAUAAAACGGGUUCCAUCUGUGCCGCGGAGAACAUCAACGACACGCUCACUCAGUACCGCUGGCUCAUCAGCGCUCCCACCGGAUUAGAUGGAGUAACCAGCCCCAUGAGGGAAGUGGACACUAACACUUUCUUCACCAACACCAAGUCCAUCACCUUGGAUUCAAUCUACUUCCAAGCCGGCUCCAGGGUUCAGUGUGCAGCAAGGGCUUUCAAUGCCAACGGAGAUGCUGGCCUGGAGCUUGUCAGUUCUAUAGUUGUGAUCAGCAAAGAGGAGGGUAUGUGUCAGCCUCGUGUCCCAGGUACUGUUGGAGCUGAACCAUUCUCUGCAAAGAUUCGCUACACGGGUCCAGAUGAUCCAGACUUUCCCAACCUCAUCAAACUGACAGUCCACAUGCCUCACAUGGACGGAAUGCUGCCAGUGAUCUCCACAAGACCUCUGUCCAACUUUGAGCUUACCCUGAGCCCGGAUGGCACACGUGUGGGCAACCAUCGCUGCUCCAAUUUGCUGGACUUCAAUGAGAUCCAAACUGGCUACGGCUUCAUCACAGACGCAACAAAGAACCCUGAAAUAAUUGGGGAGACAUCGCCCUAUCAAUACAGCGUUGUCAUGCGUUCAGCCAACUCUCUGCGCUUUUACAGGAAUCUCAACUUAGAGGCCUGCCUCUGGGAGUUCACCAGCUACUAUGACAUGUCAGAGCUGCUGAACGACUGUGGAGGAUCCAUCGGAACCGAUGGACAGGUGCUGAACCUGGUCCAGUCUUAUGUCACCCUGCGUGUUCCUCUGUUUGUGUCUUACGUCUUCCACUCUCCGGUGGCUGUCGGAGGCUGGCAGCACUUUGACCUGCAAUCAGAGCUCAAGCUCACCUUUGUGUAUGACACAGCUAUUCUGUGGCAGGAUGGCAUUGGCAGCCCACCUGAAGCUGAACUACAAGGAGCCAUGUACCCCACCAGUAUGCGUAUAAAUGAGGAGGGCCGUCUCGUUGUCAACUUCAAGACCGAGGCACGCUUCAGGGGGCAGUUUGUCAUGUCUCAUCCAGGAACCAGCGUGUCAUCUAUGGUGAUAUGUGCUGACCACUCUGGGCUGACGUUCACUCUAGCCCUGGUCAGGACUGAGCCUACAUACAACCAGCCCAUGCAGCAGUGGAGCUUUGUCUCUGAUUUUGCUGUACGAGACUACUCCGGGACUUAUACAGUGAAGCUGGUCCCCUGCAUUGCAUCACCCAAUGGGGAGUUCAGCAUCCCUCCUGUCUGCCACCCAAGGGAGCCGCUUACUUUUGAUAUGGACAUUCGCUUCCAGCAGGUGAGUGACCCGGUGGCAGCCGAGUUCAGCCUCAACACACAAAUGUUCCUGCUGUCCAAGAAAGAGCUGUGGUUGUCCGACGGCUCCAUGGGAUUUGGAGAAGGAACCGAUGCUGCUUUUUCAGAAGGCUCCAUGAUUUAUGGCCGUGUGAUGGUGGAUCCAGUCCAGAACCUGGGUGACUCCUUCUCCUGCAGCAUUGAGAAAGUCUUCCUCUGCACCGGAAUGGACGGUUACGUUCCCAAAUACAACCCCACUAACAAAGAGUAUGGCUGCCUGGCAGACGCACCCUCUCUACUGCACAGAUUCAAGAUCCUGGACAAAGCCCAGCCAGAGACUCAAGCUACAUCAUUUGGUGACGUUUCUUUUAAGGCCACACUGGCGCAGGACACACCAGGAGCUCUGUCUUUGAUCAGACAGCCAGGCACAGACGGCUUCACACUGUCUUCCUCCCCACUUUUCCAGGUGGCUGCUGGUCGAGAAUGGUUCAUCCACACCAUCUACACUGUCCGCUCCAGAGAAAAUGCCAACCGCAACAUUGGCAAGCGCAGUGUGGAGUACCUCCAUCACAGCAUCUCCUCUGUUGAGCAGCCCCGCUCCUCCACCCGCCACCACCGUGCCGCCCCCUCUUUCUCGGCUCCUGCUGUAGCCCAAGACAUCGGUAUCGAAAACAAUCGGGGCACCAACAUCCAGCACAUCGCCCUGGACCGAAGAGACCGCAUUGUGGUCAGCCAGCGCCAGCCUUGGCUCCCUAAUCGUGACAGUUUCUUAGAGCGCCCCCUGCUGGAGAGUUCAGGCAGAGAGCUGACUGAUACUUCCACUAUACCUUUGCUGGUGGGCGUCGCAGGCCUGAUCCUCCUCACAUGCGUCAUUGCCACCGUCGUCAUUCUCCUGCUGCGGCGCAAGAAGCGUGAAAAGAAGAGCCAGUACCCUCCUUACGCCAUCUCCUCUUCUUCGGCCUACAACGGUUAUAGUCACAGCCCAGCAGGCAUGUGGGGUGGCUCAGACAGCUCAGAGGUGUAAAUGUGGGCCCAGCUCCAGUUCAAACAUCUGUCCCCUAUUAAAGGGACUUUGAUAAGUCUCCUCCACCAAUGUGCCUUCGAUGCCAAACUUGUGUAGCACUGAAAAGAGCCCAGAACAGUCUGUGGACAGCAAAGGAUGUCGGUACUCGGGGCCCACAGGGAGUGAAUGCACCAGAAUAAUGAGGCUUGCUGAUCUCUGAUAAUUGUCUUUAAUUUACUGUACGUUCGUGCCUUUAUUACAACCUAUGCAGGAUCAUGGAUAUAAGUAGAAGCCCCUCAAAAUAUAUGUUUCAUUUAGGUUCCAAGUUGUAAAAUAUCACUCUUUAUCCAGUGUUUGCAAAUGCAUGUAAUGUAGUAACUCGUGAGUAAAUGGCAUCCUUGUUUAAAUCUCAUAAAAGCAAAUUAUUUUCUAUUCACAAAGUCUUUUUUUUUUUGUUAAUUACUGUAUUUCACCAUGUUCAUUAUGUUUUUUUAGUGGAGAGCAAAAAGGACUGAAUGUUAGUCAAAACUGACCUUAAUGAAUGAUGUGAUUCUUUUUCCUUCUAUAAGAAGCCUGCAAUACUACUACUGAUAAGAGUACUACUGUGGUGUCACUGAAAGGGAUUGUAAAUGUUAUUUUAGUCUUUUGAGAAUGCAGAAAUCCACUUUUUUUUUUUUUUUUACAUUUUCUAGAUAAAUGUGGCUAAAAUCAGAUGCACACCUAUCCGUGUACAUAUCAAUGUAGGACUAUGGGUAAAAGGAAAAAAGUAUUACUACACCCUGGUGAAACUUGAAAAAAGAAAAAUCUGUCUGGUUUGUUGAUCAAGGCCUGAAAACAAGUGCAGUAUAAAAACGAUACUUUUUCCUUCUACAUGUGACAGCAUAUUUUAAUGUGCCAACUAUUAGUAGACUUUUAUGGCUUAUUAACUUUGUGAAAUUUUUCCAAAUACUGGAUGUAUGUAAACUUAAGCUGCCAAACUGAAAAGAAAUAUUUUAUGAACGUGUCAUUUAUCAGCUUUUUUGUUUGUUUUUUUAAAAAAGGGGGGGAGAUUUAUUUGCGAUGCUCAAAAAGACAUUUUCUACAAUAUAAGAUACAAGAACAGAUGUUUUCUUAAAAAUAAAAAAGGGUACAUAUUGUUUGUUUCA